AUUAUCUGAUCAUAUAUAAAUAUAAAAUCCUAAACACUUUGUUAGAUUGUUUGUCACCACUCUUUGCUGGCUUUUUAUUGAAUAUUUUAAAAAAAUGAAUAUCCGGUUGUUAUUGUUGUUGUUGAUAAUUCAAACAACAUGUAUAAUCCCGAUUGUUGUUGGACAAUUUAUGCCUUCGCAUUUACAACCACCGAUUACAUUGGUCAGUGAAAUGGAAACCCCACCAUUGACUGUUCGAAUUUUGCCACCAGAAACGCCUCCAAUUCCGUUAUCACUUCAAACAUCUCUAAUGCCUACUACACAAGCAAUGGCAAAUCAAACAUUGUCACUCAUGUCUACAUUAUCGACUCCAAGAACGGCCUCAGAAAUCCUAGUCGCAAAAGCAAAAACAAUUACUCCGACUGGACAACUUUCGAUCAAACUAGAUAAUGAAAAGUUAAGAAGCUCAAAAAAAAGAAAAGUUCAGACUUCUAUAAAUAAACACGCUACUUUUGCUUCGAAUAGUUAUUCGAAUUUUAAAUCUUCGAUCCCACAUAACAAUGAAAUUAUUGAAACAUUAAUCAAUAAAGUUUUCAAUCCAAAUUCAGUACAAGAUCUCCAACCUGUGACUAACUAUUUGAAGAAUUUUUCCCCGGAAUCCCAGCAUUACUAUUCUACAAAUGGCAAUCAAGAAUCAUUUCUACAGAAAUUAAUUAAUGGUCAAGGGUAUGGCCAUCAGCCAACAACAUCGUUCCUUGGUGGCAGUAUUUAUUUCAUGCAACAAAAUUCCCCACAAAGUAACCAUCAAUAUCAAUAUUAUCUGCCUGGAUCAACUUUUUCAUACGAAUCCUAUUUACAACCGAAUUCAUAUCCAACAUUUAUGCCGGCUCCAGUCUCUACUGUCAAUUUACCAUAUGAUACCUUCCAUUUGCCAGGUAUGUUUAACGAAAAGAAUUGAAUUUGGAAAAAUUCACAUCGAAUUUUCAUUAAAAGAAUAUAAAACCAAAAUGUUCAUCACAAUAAGCCAUUGAUUUUGGAAAUUACUGUACCUGUCAUUGUAAAUAUGG